ACGAAUCGAAGCCGAACACAACUACGACCUUUUGUGACAGCCCAGGAGAGAGCGGAAUGAAGAUCGUGUGGAAAAAGAAGGACGAAAGUGGAAAGAAGAGGCCUCUAUCCAAUUUGAUAUCGUCAAAACCUAAUCUCCCGUUCGAAUCCGCAGAGGAGGAAGCCCGACCUCUGAAUCAUGAUUGUACAGAUACUCCAGCUUCAGACCCCGAUUCCCAGCAGCUCGCCGAGUCCUUUGAGUCCGAGGGCAUCCAGCUUGCCGAGAGUGGAAGAUAUCGUGAAGCUCUUACAAAGUGGGAGACCGCCAUUGUUCUGAUGCCCGAGAAGGCAAAGUUGCACGAGCAGAAGGCCCAAGUAUUACUUGAGAUAGGGGAUACAUGGAAUGCUUUAAAGGCUGCAGCUCGGGCUACAGAACUGGAACCUGCUUGGUCUGAAGCUUGGAUCACACUUGGCAGGGCACAAUUAAAUUUUGGAGAACCUGGUAUGGCAAUUGAAAGCUUUGACAAAGCUCUGUUGAUUCAGCCUUCUAAUGAGGAAGCUCAGAGCGAUCGCCGAACUGCUUAUCGUCUUAUAAAGAGGCAAAAACAAUUGCAUUCGGAAAGUCGAUAUAAGGUUGGAGAUAAUGUUGGUUCUGUCAUACCUCAUAUGCCUUUGGUUCCUGAAUCAGAUGGUGAACAUCAAUAGUAAAAUUCCUAGACUUUAUUUGUAAAACCACAUGUAAUCCUAAUAAUCUAUUUGUUGAUAUAAUUCCUCAACAUCUAUUU